UCCGGUUUAAUUUGACUGAUGAACUGGUUCAGCUCACCUCAGUUGCACCCGACACAUCACAACAGUGCAGUUCCUGGCUGCACUUUUUAGGCUGCAAAAUGCCUUGGUUUUGUACAAUUAUUUUUCUGUUGUCAAUAAAUGGAUUUCGGACUUCGAAAGCAUCCGUUAUUCCAGAUCAGCGAGUYCUUCAGCUGGAKUUYGAGUUAGGUAAACGWUGUACCUAUUCGUACCAAGUGGCWGUUCACACCGCWCGUGGUUCUCACUCCACAGAAAGCCAAGGCCAUGAAAUUCAUACUUUGGUUGAUGUGACGCCAGUCGCACAGGAAACUAAUCAGAAUCCACUUCACACCCUUCGUCUCCAUGUCUAUCAGCCUCGAAUGAGAAGAGUCCGGGGCGAGCGUGUACUUGUCAAACAUCCCGUGAACGAGGAGCUUGAACGACAGCUGUCCAAGCCGUUCUACUUCCGGCAAUACGGGCAUGGUUCAGUUCUUGAUGCUUUCUUCCCUAAAUAUGAUGAUCCUAAAGUCAUUGCACUCAAGAAAGGUAUAGCUGGAGCAUUUCAAGUACAGCUUAAAUCCCUUGAAGACAAACAUCUUCCACAAAUACAAGAACACGACGAUUCAGGCGUUUACUUGUCAAGGUAYACAACUCUACAUUCCAAUGAUACCCAUGCUACAAUCAAGAGAGAAUGGACCAACAAAGACUACGUACUGUUGCCCGAUGGUACACCAGCGAAAGGAGAACACAAAGUUCAAUCCCAGCAUACUGGUACAGUACAUAUUGGACAUGGCCAAAUAUUCAAAGUCCACCGAGAACAUAAUGGCAUUUUCGAGAAUCCAAAGGGUARUCCAAGAGCAGAGAAUAAGCCUGAAUUUCAAGASARUGAACAAGAUAUUCAAGUACUCACYAGUGGAUAYAGUAAGUUGAAUCUAAUAGGAUGUGAAGAUUAUCCAAACUCUCAUCAWCAUCAUCGAUCUAGAAGAGAAACAUUGAUGAAAGAYGCCCACGAGCAAGAAAUUCAAGGGCUUUACCGUGAUAAUCUGGUGUUCAAGGACACGCAUAAGAUCGACUGGAAAAAUGUCGGYGGUGAAAAGAUGACMUUCAGGCCUUUCUAUAACUUGAUGAGGUGCUUCACAGACCCAACAGUUAAAGACAGAGAGAUUGGAGAUUGUGCAAGAGAGAYUCAUAAACUAGCAAAACACGAUAGCAGUGUGUUUAAGAAGAUUUGCGAUCUGGUGCUGSAAAGAGYCCAUCAGAACGUAACGUCAUGGUCUGUACUUGUGAGUGUUUUAGCAGGUCAAGGAAAUCAACAUGCGCAAGACGUCCUUGCUAGAGCCUUGAUGGCCGAAUAUCCACGAAAGCUGACACUUGACGAAUACGAGGCCCUUUUAGAAGGCAUUUUCUACAUACCUAAAGGACCUCUUCACAGAAAACUGUUUGAUGCUCUUCUUCAGCAUGYAAAAAGAGACAGCAACCAUGGACACCAGUCGCCAAUGGCAAUGUUGGUUCUUUCAGGMUUAGUAAAACGGGCAGAGGCUGCUGGAUAUAAUAACUCGCUAUCGGAUAUCGUUGUUCAAUUGAUUCAUCGCAGUUAUAAUAACAAAUCAAAUAUCUACCAUCCCGAAAGCGAAGAGCAUGAAACAUUCUUAAGAAACCAUAUAUGGGCCUUUGGUAAUCUUGGACAUCUCUCUGGACUCAGCACUAUGCUUCAACAUGCAAACCACGAUAGUUCAGGAAUCAGGUCAGCUGUAGUGUCUGGCAUGCGUAAAUUACCAGCAGAACACGUGGACAAGUUUCUGUUGAAUACUCUUCUCAAGGAUGAGCGAAAUGAUGUCAAAGCUGCCGUUAUGGAAGUUUAUAUUGAACGUCAUCAGGAUUUGAGUAAUGAAAUAGUUGAAGCUCUUGAACACGCUUUUUGGCAUGCWGAGGAUAACGAUGUACUUGAUGAGACGGUGCAAACUUUCCUUGAAAAUCAUCACAACCACCCUAAAGCCAAGCAUGUCCGAAAAAGAAGACAUAUUCUGAGACGGCAAAAGCGUGCUUUGAUCCCAGCUCUUAGACCACGAGAGAUUGAACUUGGACCCAAUAGAAGGUGGCUAAAAACGUUUGGUGGUAAAUAUCUGGGCGCCGAAUCUGCCAUUCAAUUCCGAAACCAAGUUAAGUUAAGAAUCGGAAUAUUYGGCGGGAAUUUCCAAGUAAACCUYGACAACUACGCAAAAAUAGACGCCCGUAUCUUGAAAUGGGGAUUUGACAUUGUCAAAGGUAAAGCAGCCUUCAAAGCUUCGGCAAGUUUCAAGAAUGACAUUCCUAAAGAUCUUAUCCACGCAAUUGCCGACGCAGGUGACGAUAUUUUUUCCAAAGUUGAUGGAAUAACCAACAUMAUCGUAGAGCACAUAGAAAAGUUCAAAGAAAAGCUCAAGAAUCUCGUCCCACUGAAUUUACAGAAGUUAAUUGACUUUGUAAACAAGAUAGUGAAGUUUGUCGAAAACCUCUUCAAACCAUUAAAGCCGAUUAAUGUCAUGAAGAAGAUACUCGCUCUUGCUAAAAAGAUCAUUGAACGCCUGAAGAACUGGGAGUGGCUCAUGAAGAACAUCAGAGGUAUUCAAAUAACUCUCAACAAACUGACGGUCGUCGAUAAUGUGUUUAAAAAAGUAAUGGGAGCACURAACAAAAUCAUGAGUAUCAUCAACAGCAUCAAACUCCGUCUACCACAUGGCUUACCACCAAACUUUAAAAUCGAGGAUUUGUUAAAAUGGCUGAAGUCUGUAUCAAUUGACCUUCAUGACAUMAAAAUUAAAGAAUUUUUCAAGUCCCUCGGACUGAAUUUCGUUCCCAAAGGAUUUAAUCUGCAGAUGCCUUUCAGAUUUUCUAUCCAUUUUUCAUUUUCGAUGGAUAAGUUCAUUGAUAUGUGUAUGAAAAUUAUUAAGUUUGCUAAUAACUUUCUGGAUUUGUCUUCACUUCUGGAUGCACUUGAAAAUAUCAGACUUCCACGUUUGAAUCUACCAAGACUMGAAGCAAAGUUUCCCMUUCAGCCGGUAAAAUGGUUCAACUUCGGACUAAGCUUCGAUUGGAAAAUCAACCUGAAGUUUGACCUUGACCUGAAAAGCCCAAAUUUCUUGAAGUUCCUUAAUGUCCUUGGCAAACUUAGYGACUUCUUYAAAAGAUUCAAGCUACCGUCAUUCAAUUUGGAGCAGUUUUUUGAAGAUAUAAUGCCAGAUMAGUUAUUGGAUCUGUCUAAACUCUUCCAGGAACUKUUUGGUAAAAACAGUAAUUCAACUGCUGUUGGUCGAAGUCCAGCUGAUGUUUUACAAGAYUUUUUUGAUAAAGUUCUUAAAUUGAUUGAUUCAGCWAUGCCAAAUAUAACUGCCAUCAGCGAUAUAACAGACUUCUUCAAAGAACUCGGCCCAGAAAUGAAGGAAUUUGCGAAAAACAGUGCCAAGAAAAUUUGUAGCGUCUACAAAAUUGCUUUAAAUUCGUCUCGCGAUUUGAAGACGUUUGGAGAAAACAUUGAAAAACAAGGAAUAGCRAUACUAAGGAMGGUGGACAACACAACUCAAAGUGCACUUAAAGAACUUGUACAAUACACUGUGAUGAUGGAUAGGCUAAUUGAUGACAUMGAGAAAAACUUCACUUUAGCAAGUCGUGGUUUUGUGUCRAAGUCCYUAAAGGAGCUUUCUAAAAGCCUUCRRGAAAUCCAGUCACUUGCAGAUAAAGUUGUACAAUUUGCAAAUGGAACAUCGKCUAAGGCUAAUGGAGUYUGUAACAAAGCAGCAGACUUYUCAGCAAACGUAAUUGAUGAUGUCCAGAAUGUUUCAAGGCAAGCGUUGUCAGAGUUAACAAGUUUCAUUGGACCUGUUUCUCAGAAAAUAAAAGGCAUUGGACAAGAUCUUAAACUAGCUGUKAACAAUAUAGAAGCGUGGUACAAAGAGAAUAUGGAAGUUCGAGUUGGWAAAAUAUCAAAAAUYGCUCGUCUUGUUGCUGAUUUCAUGUCCAUAUUAAACACUAAGAAAGGAUUUCUUGGAAAAGUCCAUGAGAUUGCUGUUAAAGUUAAUAAUAUUCUAACACACAUGAAGAACAUCCCUGCUUAUGCUCAGAAGGCUCGUGAAACAGCAGACGAUAUCAUUAAAUUUGCUGAACGCGCACAAACGUUCAAGGAUGAUAUUGGAAAGCUUGACAUCAGAAAAGAGUUCCGUGUGGACUAUGAUCGGAAGGUUCGUGAAUUUUGUGACAAGUUCAAGAAAAUGGCAGCUGAAACGCUGAAUAAAAUCGGWGGUUAUGAUAUCGUUGAUGAAGUMAACGAAUUUUUCACCGAGGAGGCUGAAAAACUUAUCACAACMGCAGGAUCUAAGCUUCGCCGAAUAAAGCAACCAAUCGAAGAAAUCAGAACGGACUUGAAGGAAAUAUCCGUCAUGGUGAAUCACGUCAUCGAUGUGAUGAUAAAUUUAAAGCCMUUCAGYAAUAACUUUUCUCCGAUUUUGGCCACUGUUAACAAACUCCCGGAUUGUCAGCAAGCUGUCAAAAUUCUAAUUGAAAGUACAAAGCCUUGUGUCCAGAAAGCGAUGGUUGUUGGAAAGUAUGCGAUUGACCAGUACAAAGAUAUGCGUAAAGAAGUGAAAAUCUUGUACGACAUGAUCCCUGAGACGUGGAAAAGCCUUAAGAUCCAGAAAUGCAUCAAAGGARGUGCUUGUAUUUCAAAGACAUUUACCGACCAAGCCAAAGUUAUCCAGGAAAAAGUUGAAAAGAUAAAGGACAGUUAUAAAGAGGCUAGUGGGUAUACRGAUAUGCUUGGWACCUGUCGAGCUGGUUUGGAUAACAUUACUCAAGUCAUCGACACUGUGAAGCUGUUAAUYAAGCAGGUAAAAGAUUUCAACUUAAAAGAUGACGUGAAGAAGAUUAAGGAUAUGCUGCGUAAUAUAACUGGACGAAAUCUCGCUCAACCUGGUGGAAAUCCGCCGGUAAGAUCAAAACGRAGUAUAAAAGACGUCAAAGACAAGAUUAAACGAGUCAUGGAUUACGUUCAAAAAGCAAAGGAAACAAAGCAAAAGCUUGAAGAAAUAUUGCAAAAUACUUUCAAAGCUAUGAAAUCCGUGUACGAUAAUGCGAUCUUUGAGCACAUCAAAAAGAUCGAGGAUGUCAGUAAGAAAGUCAAUACGUCAUAUGAACUUUGGAAGAAGACCAARGAUGUCAACGCUAUUCUUCAAGGWCUUGACAACCUCAUCAAGGAAUCCUCAGACUACGCAACGAAAAUGACUGCAAUCACUAAUGGAUUUUCGAGUCCAGUUGUGAARCUACUCACAGACACCGGAGAGCUUAGUGAUGUCAUAAAACCAUACAUGUCCAAAUACAUUGGUGAAGUUAAGGAAGCYACUGAWAAGAUCAACGGAUUUUUCAACAAAGUAACCGAAUUUCAAAACAAAAUACAGCUWCGUCAAAAGGGUCUCGACUUGUCGCAAUAUAAGGAGUGGACUGAGUAUCCAUACUGCUCAGCUGAUGUUUGCCUGCGACCCCUUAGAAGGUCAUCAUCGCUGUACUAUAGCACGAUCUUCACUUGGAAGUUUCCCCAUCUGGAUGACCUAUCAUCUAUGAAGGACACUGGUCGGUGGCUCACACCAGGGCUGUUUGACGAUUAUAAAGUCGAAGGCAUUACUCAACUCUCUAACUCGGAAAUUCUAUUGGGUAUGCACGGAGUAUCGUCGAACAAGGGCAAAGCAUCGUUAUUGGUUGUCACAGAUCUUGGACGAAAUUCUGUYAAGAAAAUMAUCCAGUUAGGAAGUCCUCARUCGCCCUUCACGGUCGCAAUUGGUGGGAUUACUAUUGCUAAAGAUACCAUAUGGAUAAGCGAURGCGAGUCUAACAAGGUCCAUCGUAUUAGUAAAGGAUCAGUUACUGGAAGUAUGGGAUCUGCAGCUCCCUCAUGGAUUGGAAUUUCUAAAUCUUACUCUGUUSAAGGCAUUGGAACGUCUGUUUCUUUUGAUGAACAGAMKAAAAUGCUAUGGAUUACGGAUGGCAACGCAGGGAAAGGCUAUGGUUACCUUUUAACUCSUUCAGGUGAUUUGCUAUCAGGMAAAUUAGCUCCAGACAAGGUUUUAGUUAUUGGUAAAGAUGCCCAGGGUAUGGCCAUAGUAAGGCAGUUCAGUACAGAUUUUGUUGUGGUCUCACGGUGUGCGUGGCGGGCUGGUUAUCAAUGYAAGCUUGAAUUUCACGAUCUUACUGGUGGAGAUGAAGUAAGCGAAAACUCGUUGUCCAGAGUCGUGCGCACACCGUCUGGUCUAGAAUCAGUCAACAAGGUUAGAGACGAUCUCUUGGUGAUCGCUUUCUCAAGUGGAACAUACAGCGAAAAGGAUAAGAUUGAGAGUAUUGGAGGUGACUUUGAAGACAGGUACUUCCGUAUGAAACUCCCUAUUCUUAAGAUGACAUUUGGCAUUACAGAGAACUGCCUCAUGUUUAAGGUUAUGGGAGAGUGGAUUAUCUCUCCCCGAARAYUAUUCCCUAUUGGUGAUUUGCGUUGUGGUGCAUUGCGCAAACGAAGUAUACAAAACGARCUCCUGGAAUCUGAUGUCUACUCCCAAGAGCUUGAAGAAGUUCAYAGCAGAACAAAGAGGAGCUCUGGAGAAGUACCAUCGUGCAUGACACUAUUUCGAGGCAAUGUGAGAAGAGGAUAUCAACAGUUUAUGCCUGAAUGGCAGCAAGUCAUUAUUGUCUUCGGUAUUCCCGUAAGACUAUUCGCCGGUGCUGGAGGAUAUUGGUUUGUUGACUAUCAUGGCAAAGUAUGUAUGAGAGACAGGACAUUUAAARUAGGGCUUAUUCCAGGUGCUUGGAUAAGUGUUUAUGCUGGUGCUAGUGUCAGUCUUUGGAUCGUCGAGGCAGGAAUAACAAUCGAAGCGAUUCUGCUUGAGACCUAUCUCAUCCCAGAGCUWACAGUYAAGAUAGACAGAUGGCCUCUUAAAGCAUGCAUCGAACUCAAAWUGCGAAUGACUCCUUUAAAGAUUCGUGUAUGGUUGUGGUAUCGAUUYAGACUUUGUAUCAAAAUCCGGUGCAAGUGCUUUUCAUGCAGCAUCAAAAUUAGAUGGUGUAGCAAGAAGACUUUKGCUGAGUGGUGGUGGUCGGCAAGACAAAUUGAACGGACUCUUUUUUCAACUUGCAAAGAAGACGUCGACAGAACACCACCUGUAGCUGGUACUUGCACUGCGAGACAAGUAGGAGACAAAGCGUACUUUGUUCAGUGGCAUGGCUUUAAAGAAGACACACGUAUAAAUCAUUAYUGGGUUAAGAUCGGAUCUAUCUCGGGGUCUGGUGAUGACUACGGAGCUAACCAUGGAACUUCACUGAGUGCCUUGGUCAAAAAUAUACCAAUAAUGGAUGGAAGAGAYGUGUUCGCAAGUGUACGAGCCACAAACGAUGGGGGACUUGACAGCAGUUUGUCUCUUUGUCCAUUGUUUAAAGCUAAACGAAUUGGACCACAAAUUCGUUUCGUGUACGAUGGAUCACAGAUCGGCGUAGACAAAGAUUUCCAAUCUGACGAUUUCGGCAUGGGGCUCAAUUUUGAGUGGAGCAAUGCUAACCAGAAAAUUGUUGACGUAAAAUGGGGUAUCUCCAACGAUUCRAAAUGCACUUUCAAUGAGAAGGAAGUAGACGUUUAUGGCUUGGCUCCUGUUGGGGAGACGACGUCUAUCCAAACAUCAGGACUAAGCCUAAAACAUGGUCACAAAUACUAUACAAGAAUCAUUGCUACCAACUCUGUCGGUUUGAGGACAAUAAUGUGUAGUGAUGGAAUAACUAUAGACAAAACCCCUCCAAUUGCUGGAMGUUUCUAUGACGGAGCAGGAGAAAAAGAUGCUGAUUUUAUGCCUUCGACAAAACGAGUACGUGCAACAUUCGAGUCUUUUACGGAUGGAGAAAGCCCAUUGGUCAAAUAUGAGUGGAAAGUUGUGCAAUACAUCAACCUYAAACCCACCGAUGUUACACCGUUUGUUAAUAUACUUCUUUCUCARAGGACACCACUUAUGGAAAAUCUUGAUCUUCAGCUUGGACAAAGAUAUAAUUUAGUCUUGCGCGGAACAAAUGCUGCCGGAUUGCAGACAACAAAAGAAUCCAAUGGAUUUGUUGCUGACAACACAAGCCCAACUUGUAAGUCUGUGCUGGAUGUUGUUAGCAUUAACGAUAGCUCAGAUGUUGAUUUUGUCCGACAACUUAAAAGCAUACAAGCAAAGUGGAGCUGCAURGAUCAAGAAAGUGGCAUCGCAAAGCAAUUCAUUGCUGUUGGGACUUACCCRGGAGGAGAUGAUGUCAAACAAUUUGAAAACAUCSAAAACAGCAGCGUAGUGCAGUUCGAGGACGGCAACUUUGCGAAGUUUGACAAUCUUGAAAUCAAACCAAAAGUACGCUACCACGUUACUAUCAAGGCCUACAACGGGGCCGGACUUCGUCGAACGGUAACUUCUGAUGGUAUUCUAAUAGACACAACUCCUCCGUCUGUGGCUUUGCAGUAUAUCAAAGAUGGCCUCCAAGGAAAAGACGUAAAUUAUACCAAUGAACGAUUUAGCUUCAGUGCUCAUUGGAAACAAGCCUUUGUCGAUGCAGAAAGUGGUAUGGCUGAGUUUCGUAUAGGACUGGGUAGCGUUCCUGGAGCUACCGACGUCAAGGCACUGWCAAAAAUUGGAAAGGAAACCAAGGCUACGUUGACAGGUCUGGUACUAGAUGCUGGUCGAAAGUAUUACGUUACAGUGGUCGGUUGCAAUGGAGUACAGAUGUGCAUCAAUGGAAGUAGUAACGGUGCCGUUGUUGAUUUUGUACCGCCGCACACUGGCUUAGUGAUUACCGGCUAUACUGGACCACCUGUUGUUUUCCAGUGGAUAACUAAAUCCGUUUGGGCUCGUUGGAACUGGUGCCCCGAAGACAAGAGUAGAUCGACUGCAAUAAUCAAUCCUUCGAARUGUSCAAAAAAUACCUUCUAUGAURUGCACUCUGGUAUCACAAGUUUUGGGUUGUCAGUAGGCUCCUUAGCCAGUGAUGAACUUCUAGAUGCUUUUACUGAAGUCGGUAAAGUUCAAAUGAGCGGGAGAUCGAUUGAUUUGAAAGAUGGCAUUUAUGCCGUUGCUGUUAGAGCAAAAGAUAAAGCUGGAAUGGCAGCAAAUGGCUUAUCCAACACUUUUAUUGUGGACAGCAGCCCUGUAAWGAUCAUCAAUAUUCAACAUGGACAUCAAGGUACAACCAUCAGGUAUACCAAAGACCAUGAGUACCGAUUUCAAGCGUAUUUUGAGUUGGAAGAUGAUUUGUCUCGGGUCUUCGGAUUUCAAGUGUAUGUGGGCAGCUAUCCAGGAGCAGAUGAUGUCAGUGCCUCUCCAAAUAUYCGAGUGYURAGACCACCUUACAAUCUUGCUAUGAACUGGACAGCGGAAAGGUCUACUAAACUCGAAAACAAUAGAAAGUACUUUAUCACAGUCCUUGCUUCYAAUGGAGCUGGUUUAAUUGGGAGUGGAUCUUCACAAGCACUCUUCUCAGACACAGAACCACCAAAGCAUGCCAUUGUACUUGAUGGCUGGGGAAUGGAAGAUGUGAAAUACCAAAGCUAUUCAUCAAUAUAUCGAGCACACUGGUAUGGAAUAAAGGAUUUUUCUGGUAUACAUUCUGUCUAUCUUGGGUUAAAGAGUUCAUUUGACAAACAARAUUGCGAUGUCAAAGCUUACGAACUUGUCCCUAACAACGCCAAUUACCAUGUGCUAUAUGGCCUCAAUCUCAAAUCUGGCUCUAAAUACUUUGCUUGUCUUAAAGUCGUUGACAAUGCUCAGAAUACUGCUUAUUUCUCAUCGAAUGGAGUGAUAAUUGACACCAGUCCUCCAGYUCCUGGACAAGUGAUCGAUGGUAUUGGGUCGGAUAUURAUGUGCAAACAGAUAGCUCUAUUUUGUGGGCAACKUGGAGAAACUUCAAAGAAGUGGAAACUGAGAUUGUCAGAUAUAUGCUUGCUUUUGGUACAUCACCGGGUAAGGACGAUAUACAGGAAUUUACUAAUGUUGGACUUGUCCAGAACGCUGCAAGCACACGUUUGAGAGUUUCUAAACUAACAAGUGGUCAGCGAUACUACGCUACUGUUAUAGCACUGAACAGUAUUGGAAUACAAAGCACUCCUGUUUCUUCUAAUGGCGUUAUKGUCGAUGCAACUCCUCCAGUGUUUGUUGUUCCCGUGACACAUGGCUCCGGAAAAGGUAAAGUUGACAAAUUCACAAGACUUCAAAUACUKGAUGUMUAUUGGAAGUGUGUUGACAAGGAAACAGACCUAAACUCUGUUGAAGUAGCGUUUGGACUUCAGCCAGGAUCGCACGACGUUAUGAAUUUGACAAAUGUWCCAGUUCAUCAAACGAAWUAUGCUUUGCAAUCCAACCUUCAACUUGGUAUAAGAUAUUUUGCUACMGUUAUUUGCAAGAACAAAGUAGGACUCAAGUCGAUUUCAUCYUCGGUUGGAGUAGUUUAUGACAGUACCCCUCCCAAAGGCCUAAGUGUAUUUGACRGUGACUAUCAAAAUUCUACAACUGAAAUCACAGUUCAGUGGAAAUUCAUUGACAUCGAGAGUGGGAUMUCAAGAUAUCAAGUCUUAGUAUUMAAUUCUGACCUGUCUUUCCAACAAGGGCCUUACGAUUUUCAGGGCCUUGUCAAAUCAGCAUCAAUUUCUCUUAAGCGUMCGCUUGAAGCUGGUAAAAGAUAUUAYACUAAUGUCACUGCGUACAACGGUGUAGGGAUGCAAUCAUCACUACUGUCAGAUGGAUUYAUUAUUGAUAAUACUGCGCCAACUUGUARAAAUGUAUGGCACGGCGACAAAGAAAUUCAGCGUUUCAUUGGAAUUWCAAGUACUCUUCUUAUUUCAUGGGAWUGCGCUGAAAAUGAAUCSGMCAUCACMCUGGUUCGUUUUGCAGUACAAGAUAUGAGYAAUCAACAUUUCAUAUUGCCAUUCCAUUCCAARAAGGAAAAGCUGAAUGCAACAGGAACAACUUUGGUGACUGGAAACGGAAAAUGGCUUCCCAAAUACGAAGARGGAAAGAAGUAUCGAGUUGGUAUAGAACUUACAAAUAAAGUUGGUCUAAAGUCUAUUUUCUGGACAAAAGGAGUCCUCGUAGAUAGUACACCUCCAGUUGCGAACAAUUUAAAGCUAAAGUUCAAUCCUGCAAGUAAUAMCAUUGAUGCUAGCUGGAAGCUAAAAGAUGAGCAAAGUGGGAUAGCCUCUUUAACUUGGGGUCUGGGAACAAGAUCUGAAGAUCCUAACAUUGUUAAUCAACARAAAAUUGACAAAGCAACCUCUGCUUUGAGGCUAGGUCAAUCUCAAGUUCAAGUUCAACAAGGAAAAACYUAUUUCUUUUUCUUGUUUCCGACUAACAAUGCUGGYCUCUCAAGUAAGGCAGUGUCAAAUGGAAUCGUWAUUGAUAGAUCUCCACCAAAARSUGGAAUCGUUAUAGCACAGUAUGCUUUACCUCURAACUACGAUAGAAAUAAAGAUAAAGUUCCUGGAUCUUCUUUUAGUGUGUCGUGGACAGGUUUCCUAGACGAGGAAAGUGGGAUAGCAGAAUACGGUUGGGCAGUUGGCACUGUCUUGGAAACUGUACAAAAYCUUGAUGAUAGUUAUUUCACGGACAUUCCAGUCAAUCAGUCAAUUGGUGGUGUACAAAUCUAUAAUUUUACUCUAGUUGGGAAUACAACAUACUUUGUGUGUAUCAGAGCGACGAAUGGAGCUGGACUACAAAGGACUAACUGUUCAAAUGCUAUGAAAGUCGUACUUGGAAAGUUUUCCGCAGGCAUUGUCAACGACGGACCCAGGAAAUUUAAGAAAGAUCUGGACUUUCAACUUGAUGAUAGAGCCAUAUGGGCACAUUGGGAUGGAUUUGAAGAUCCUGUGUUUGGUGUGUCUGAUUACGAAUGGUGCAUUGGUGAUCAUCAGCCAGUACCCUCGUCAAAAUACUUGUGUAAAUGGUCUUUUAUGAAAGUUAAUCACCUUCGAAAGUAUGCUCACCGCUUYUAUAACAUCACACUUUCWCAUGGGAAAACYUAUUACGCAACMGUAAAAGCCUUYAAUAGCAGAGGAGAAAGUGUUUACUCRACGUCAGAUGGUGUUUUAGUWGAUMGAAGUAUCCCACAUGGAAAUGUAAUCCAMGUAUCACCAACUACUGGUAAAGACACGCUAUUCAUAAGCUCUCUCUCUCCACCAACUAUYACGUGGGAAAUGGAUGAYMAAGAAAGCGGCAUAAGCUAUUUUACAGUCGGUGUCGGAUCGUAUCCRAACCAAGACGACCUAUUGCAGUUUACAAGACUUAGCAGCCUGCAGAGAUCUGUUGAUCUUGAUGAYCUGAACUUUACCAUGUCACAUGGUCUCUCAUUCUUCGUAGCAGUUACUGGUUACAACAGGCUUGGUUUGAUGUCAAGCUUAUUCACACAGCAGAUUGUAGUCGAUUUAACACCACCCACGUCUGGGGUUGUCCACGAUGGGAAUAUKACGGACCAAAAUAAUGUCCAAGAUACCGAUUAUCAAACAAACACCCAAGCAUUGUCUGCCCACUGGUUUGGUUUCGAAGAUCAGGAGAGCAGAGUUGUGGAAUAUAGAUGGUGCAUUGGAACCAAACAAGGUUCGUGUGACGUACUUUCGAUGACGUCAACUGGUCUUCAGACAUCUGCAACAGCACACCUAAACCUGCAAGAAGGAACUCGUUACUUUACUACAGUGGAAGCCAAAAACUCAGCUGGGCUGAAGGUGCUGACGUCAUCUGAUGGAGUUGCAGUUGACUCCAGUCCACCCACCAUUGGCAUUAUCUCUUUUGUUCAGCCAAGUGAAGAUACAACUUUGAAAAUGGUGAAUGACGCUACUUUCCAAAGCAGUGGUAGACAUUUCAAAGUAGAAUGGAGCAAAGCCUCUGAUGGCGAAAGUGGYAUAGCCGCUCUCUCUUACUGUGUUGGGAAGAAUCGAAGCACUUGCGAUGUUAAAAAAUGGACAGCUUUAGAACCUGUAGCGUCUUCAAUAUUGGGAACUUUUGAAACCCCUCUUCCUUCAGGAACAACAAUUUACGUUUCCUUAAAAGCUGAAAAUGGCGCUGGUUUAAGCGUCAUGAAGGUAUCUAAAGGUCUAUCAAUAGACUGGUCUCCACCAAMCUUAGGUUCGGUUUCCGUAGGAAACGUCCCUGGGGUGAAAUAUCUACAAAAAGAUGAGGGCGUUGAAGCUGAUUGGGGURGCUUCAAUGAUCUUGAARCUGGAUUGGAUCAUUAUGAGUGGGCAGUGUGUCAAGCAGUCGACCKAGAUAAAUGUCUUACACCGUUUAUUAAUACAGGACUAUCAACCAAACUAAAGAACGAUGARCUUGAUCUAGUGCCARGCAUCACAUAUGUUGUAAUAGUCAAAGCAUACAACAAAAUUGGUCUUCAUAGUUACGCUGUUUCCAACAUCUUUGYGACCGAYAACUCAUUACCAACCCCCGGCGACGUUUAUGAUGGUARCAUACCAUACAUGGAUCAACAAGUACAAAGCUCAACUWCAUCUAUCUCAGCAAACUGGGAUCCAUUCAAAGAUCAAAAUUCCAGGAUAAUUAAUUACGAAAUGUGUAUUGGAAGUAGACAAUCAUUCUGCGAUGUACAUCCAUUUCAAAGCAUUGGUGAUAACCUUUUAGGUGAAGUUACUGGACUGAACUUAGCUCACAAGCAGACAUAUUACACAACCAUUCGCGCAACGAAUGAAGCAGGAUACAAAGCAUCAGCAUCAUCGAACGGCGUCACAAUUGACAAAACACUGCCUGUGGGAGGGUCGGUACGCGACGGYAAUGACGCUGAAGAUAUUGACUUUCAAGCAAGCGGCACAUUUAUUUCUGCAAACUGGGAUCAGUUUACCGAUGARGAAACUGGAAUUGCUAAGUAUGUGUGGUGUGCAGGKACAACCCGAGGGUCGUGUGACGUUGUUCAAGAAAGAGAAAUCACUGWUGGUAGCACAAAAGUUCAAAUCCAGGUUAAUCCUUCAAUUGUUUCUGGAGUAUCAGUCUUUGUGAAAGUAACAGCAGUGAAUGGCGCUGGUGGUAUAAAAAYAUUGUAUUCUGAUGGAGUGAAGAUUGACARCAGUCCUCCUGAACUCUCCAAGGUCAAUGAUUUAGAGACAAAUGGCAGUUUGGCUGACAUUGAYUUUCUUACAUCGAAAACAAAGUUCUGUGCUUCAUGGGACGCCGCUGACCAGGAGAGCGGGAUACUCAAGAGUGAAAUUUCAGUUUGUACAGAAAAUAACCGAAAGAACUGCCUGGCCAGUUCUGUUGACGUUGGAAACCGCUCYCUUAUUUGUAUGUCUAACUUGSAWUUUAUWCCUGGWGUGAAAUAUAUCACUACUAUCAGYGUGACUAAYGCUGUAGGACUAAGUACCAGUGCAGACUCUGAUGGAUUUACACUUGAUUUCACUCCACCAAUAAGUGGAAAGRUCAAAGUUGGAAACACUUCUACCGACAUUGAAGAACCCUCAAAUAUGUUUACUAGUUCUGUCAUAAAAGCAAAAUGGMAUGGAUUCUGGGAUACGGAAACUGCGAUAGUGAAAUAUCACGUCUGUCUUGGGAAUCAUUCAGGCUCUUGUGAAGCUGUAGAUUGGAAGGAUGUGGGACUGAGUAUGGAGUAUACAUUUGAUAACAUAGAUCUKCGAGCCGGUGWCAUAUACUACGUGUCAGUUUUUGCUGAGAAYCAGGCUGGUCUAAAGAGCGCCGUAGAAUCGUCGCAGGGAAUAAACAUCGAUAAAACAGCUCCCAUAUCUGGAAGCGAUAUCUAUGACGGCGCUGCAGAGGGGUCUGACGUCGAUUUCCAGCUAMUUGAUUACGAAAUUAGUGCAAACUGGAAGCCAUUUGAAGAUCCAGAGAGCGACAUCGUUAAAUUGACAUAUUGUGCGGGCACCACUCCUAGUUACUGCGAUAUUCUAUCACGGCAAACCUUGUCGCCAUGGCUACACAAUAUACGCAAGAUUCUCAGCCAACCAGUAAGAAAUGGCCAGCGGGUCUACAUAACUGUGCAGGCAACMAAUGGUGCUGGUCUAACAACGACAUUGUCGUCAGACGGUGUUACCAUUGACAACACUCCACCUAUACCUGGUAAAGUGAUUGAUGGAAAUUCAUCUAAAGAUAUCGACUAUCUUUUUGGGGAGGGUGACGUCUACGUAACCUGGUCGAACUUCAGGGAUGACCAAAGUGGUAUCAAGAACUAUGAAGUCGCGAUUUGCAAUGCUCUCAGCGUGAAUGAAUGUCCUCAAAAACUCACGAACGUUAACAAUGCAACGAGUAUUAAGAUAGCAGGAUUAGAUUUGCAAGGUGGAGCGUUGUAUUUCGCCAAAGUGAAGGCCACAAACCAAGCAGGCUUACAGACCGAAGUAUGGUCAAAUGGUUUUACUGUGGAUUUUACUGCCCCUGUCGCAAAUGUUGCUUUUAUUGGACCCAGUGCCGACARGCAAGCGCAGUAUCAAACAAAUGCUACAAAACUUCAAGUGGGGUGGGUUCCUUUUACUGAUGAUGAAAGUGGAGUAGUGCAGUAUGAGUUAUGUGUUCAGUUGUCAACGUCAUCCGCUGAUUGCACGCCUUAUCAAAAUGUAGGAAAGCUAACCCAACAUGAACUCACAGGACUAAAUCUCCGACAUGGUCAAUCCUACUUUGUCAAUAUUAGAGCUACCAAUGGUGUUGGGAUGACUGCGUCUACKAGAACRAAGGAMRUCCUAAUCGAUACUACUCCGCCUAAASUUAUUGAUMAAUCUCCCRGMUCCCAUGUGCGWUUCUUCUGUACAGAAGAGCUUGUCAGCGUUAACUGGGACGAGUUUGAAGACUCUGAAAGUCACAUGGAUAGAUAUGAAUGGUGCGUUGGUACAGCAACAGGAAAAUGCGACGUCACUGAGAGAAAAUCUGUACASCUGAAAUUAAUAGGCCGAAAAGUUGUGAAGAGAUUGUCUUCUGGAAGYCGUCUAUUUGCAAGUGUAUCUGCAUAUAACAAAGCUGGGUUAAAAUCAGUCCUGAURUCCAAGAAAUGUGUUGUCAUAACUGUUGCUCCGAAAGUURACAUGGUGUCUGAUUUGGAACACAACAGCUCUUCAGAUGACGAUAUUGACUGGACAUCAAAUAUGAAAACGCUAUCCUUUAAGUUUAACACUAUUGGGAAGUUCCUUGAUGAUAUUUCGCGCAUGCGCCUUGAGGUCGCUGUCACAAGAACAUCAGCAAAUAUAACGUUACCAAGACUUGAGCAAGGRAAAUCAUGGCAAGGAGAACAACUAGCGCAACCCUUUAUGGCUCUUCACCCCGGUCAACACAAUGCAACCAUAGAAACAUUUUCUGUGAAACCUUGGGAAGAGUAUCGUGGUAUUGUACGGUUGUCUAAUGAGGGAGGAAUUUACUCUGAAAAAAGCAGCGACGGUCUCCGCAUUGAGCCUAAUCCACCACUGCCCCGUGAGGUAGACCUUGUAAAUAGUGCAGAUGAGAAUGAGAAAAAUAGAUGGUUGCCAGACUUGCAUUUGCCGUUGUUCAAUUUGACUGAUCUUGAUCCUGACGUAACUUAUAUCUCUUCGCCAGAUGACAUCUCUAUCGCCGUAAGUGAUAAACUAAACGGUACUAACUCGUCUCUUAGCAACUUGAAUAGAAUAUUGGACAGCGGUGCGUAUAGUCCAACUAUGGAAUUUAAACUUGUGGUGAAUAGAGUCACUUCAGAGCCUAACAAGACUAACACAACCGAGCAAAGCCUAGAAACUAAAAAGCUCCCAGGGUUUGCGAAUCCUUCUGGACCUUGUUGUACUAAUCACACUCCUCAUUGGCUCGCCAUGAAGUCAGACUUCCAUUAUAAACUAACUUCAAAUACAAAAAAGUUUGGAUCAUGUGUUGUACAACUACCUUAUGACCUUGUUGCUGUAAGUUCCUCGCAUUCCCUCUUCAUUUUAUCAAAGUUAAACCGACUUCAAAAGACUGAGGCUUUUUCUGUUGGUGRCCAAAGAACGAUUUCUAGCUUGUCAUACUCCGAAAACCACUUGGCAGUAGCGUCCAAUUCACAUAUYAGCAUCCUGAGGCUUCGGUUCAAUGGCAAUGGGGAGGCAAAUAUAGAUUUAGAAGCAUCGCUAUCAACAUCUAUGUGGCCAGACAUAACAGCUGAAGCAGUUGCAAUAGARAACACCACGUUGGUCACCAAUGGAAAGARUKCAGCUUURAAAACAGGCGUAGUCGGAGUCUUUGUAGGCAAAGGGGGCAAUUGGAAGCUUUUCAAAUCACUUCGACGAACAAAUARUGACCUUACCUUUGGCAAAUCGCUUGCCUUGAAUGAUAAAGUACUUGCGGUUUUAACAGGAGAAGAUUCUGUCAUUGUAUACUCAACAAAAGACUAUUCGACAAUCAUGGAAGUCGAUUUGAGGAACUAUAAACUCCUUGAGCCUUCAUUACGCUUGACCAAAGAUAACGCUUUGGUUGUUGUUUCAAAGAAGGCAARGGGAAAAGUUAUUGUGAUUCAAAUAAACACAGCUAUGAAGACAUCAACAACUGUUUGCUCUUACGAUGUACCAUCGGAUGUCCGCCUUAGUGGUAGAUUUGACUUGAUGGCAAGGGAUGGUGGGACCGUAGUCGCGCUUGGGAUGCAGACAAUGAAAGGUCGUGAUGGAGUGAUACUUACAGGAUUCGACGGAAGCUAUGCGUACCAUCCCUUCCACGAGAAAGGUAAAUGUAUUGGWCUUGGAAGAAUCAUAGCCAAUGAGUACGUUCCACGUGUAGAUGACGGCACACCACGUGCUAGUGUUUCUGCUAAGGGAUCRACGAUUCUCUUUGGUACACCUGGAGUAAUGACRUGGCCAGACGGAAGUGAGAAAGACGGUACUGGACGCCUUUAUAGCRUGGUUCAUUGCCCGAGAAACUAUAAAAGAAUUAGGAAAUCAAACAUUAAAGUCCAAGAUACAUUCCAAUGUGCGCCCUGUGAACCUGGUAGAAAGUCCCUUGGAGCUAUAACGAGAAUUUGUGMAAUWUGUACUGAACGGAAAUGUGCGUCGGUUCUUGGAAGUGAUCCAAUUCAUUUUAAAACAAAGAUUUGCAAUACUUCCCAGUGUCCUCUUGUUAAGAAGUUUGACAAUAAAACCAACGCCAUUAAGGUUCAACAAGAUGAGGAUACUUUCUUCCAMGAAGGAGCAUUUAAUGAAUAUACUGUCGAAGUUAUUGAAACCACCCGCGCAAAGAUGUCAACAACGUCGAAAUCAAAGGCGUUCAUCAUAGAUUUAACAUCACCUACUGUGGGAACCGUGUACRAUGGACUUGGAAGCGAUCCUAAAACAAACUGUUCCAAAAACGAAACCUUUGGUGAGGAYAGCCAAUGCUCCACACGCAAAUUUCAAGAUACAGAUAUCGAGUAUACGAACAUAACAAGUGAAGUCCACGCGCGCUGGGUCGACUUUGCUGAUAAUGAGAGCGACAUCGCAGAGUAUUUCUUUUGCGUCGGUUCAAAACCAAUGAAGGAUGAUAUCCGUCGAUGUGAAAGUAAUGGGUUAAGACAAAAUGCCAGUAAAUUCGGUUUCGACUUCAAGCAAGGUGACACGUAUUAUGUGACGGUUGUAGCGUGCAAUGGUGCUCGACGGUGUUCRGCUGGAUAUAGCAAUGGUGUUACCAUAGAUACGACACCGCCUAAAAUGCUGUAUGUACGWGAUGGUGUUCUUGGUCCUGACAUAGAUUAUCAGGUAUUCGUCGAUAUCAUAUUUGCGUAUUUCAAAGCCAGCGAUCCGGACAGCGGCGUUACGUCAUACGAGGUAGCCUGGGGCACGGCUCCAGGAAUGAUSGACACUAAGGACUUCGAAGAAAUAGGARAMACAACCACUUGGUUUGCUCAGUUCAAAGACAACGGCUUARAAAAGAAAACCAAGUAUUAUGCCACUGUCAGAGCCACCAACAAAGCUGGYCUUAUGUCAGAGCAUUUAUCAUCCAAUGGUGUACUUGUCGGAAAAUCGGAGUACAUUUUUGAUAAAAACGCGUCUGCGAAUUUCUUCUUUGACACGGUCAAUAUGAACCCUAACGGAACAAGGAAGGACGGAGGUGUUGGAAAGACUUAUGGCACUUUGGAUGUCCCUAAAGGAGCCGUGGAAGAUGAAGUUAAGCUUACUUGUUACAGCCUCGAUAAAAAGACCUUGGAGUCGAAYAAAUCAGAYGAAGGUCCUGUUUCAAAUCCAGAAAUAACCAAACCCAAGCAAUUCAUGCUUGGCAACUACAGUUUCCAAAUCAAAGCUCAUGACCCUCAGAACAACACMRUACGGGAAGGCUACAAGUUUGCCAAGCCRAUCACAGUGUCYAUGUUUUAUGACGUAGAUAAUUUAGUCAAUGCCAAUAAACGUGUUGUCAACAAGGAGCUGAAUAAGGACGACGUUGAUCCUGUGYUGUACUUAUGGGAUCUAAAGAAUAARACUUGGAUCGAUGCCUCCCAUACAUGCCCUGAACCUUGGUCACAUGUAAACAGAUCGAUUAAGUUACUUACCGUUAAGAUCUGCCAUGUAUGAUUCCGAUGGAAAUAUCAACAUCGAUCGACAAUCAAGCGUCCAGGAAAUCGAAUUACCUGUCAAAAGAUCCAAAGGCUCAUCGGGAAGCAUCGAGGUCUACUGGUCUCUCCACAGCAACCAUUCAGACCUUMACAAAAUAAUGUGGCCUGAAUCUGGGAAGGUACCAUUCCAGGAAGGCCAGUGGAACGCUUCCAUUUCAGUUGUAGUCACAAGCGAUAAAGUUAAAACAGAUGAAAGGACGAUUUUUGUUCGACUUACCAAUGCAUCUGGCGGAGCAAUUCUUGCAUCCAAUGAAUUGACUUCAACCAAAUUUUCCAUUUCUUCGAAUCUUGUUGCUGUCCCCAAAACAUCAACCAAGUGGAUUAUCAUUGGUGUAUGCUCAGGCCUAGCGUUACUAUUGCUGAUAAUUCUGAUUAUUAUAUGACAGUAGACAUAUCACUUAUACAGUGAAGGGAGACAAUGCCGAUGAUCAAGACGGAGAUGGUGAAGUUAUGGAGAUGCAGAACGCAUCUUCACAGGCUAUGAUGUUCACGGAAGACUCUGUACAAGGUCCUUCAUUCACCGUAAACAAGACACAUGACGUUUCCGAUGAUGAGGAGGAGGAGCGUCCCUCGUCCAGACAAUCCAUCCUUGGCAAGCUGAGAAAAAAAUCUCCAAAAGUUACCGCAGGCUUCACCAAUCCUACCGCAUUUGACAGCGCCUCCAAUGCUUCAACAUCGGAUGAUGAACAGUUGAAAGAGCAAAAGCCAAAGUUAAAGGCAAAAAUGUCCCUGAAGAAAAAACUCUCUUUGGGGAAACCUAGAGAGCAGGUGCCUCGUGAGUUCGAGAACCCAGCCUACGGCAGCUUUUUUGACAUUCGACCGCUGGAGGACGCUCAUGUACCGUCGAUCCAUGUCGAGAACGGAGAUGUCGAUCACAACAAUGUGGCUGUUACCAAUGGAAGUUGYGAGGAAAAUGACACAAUCAUCGAACCCGAGAAAAAACCGCCUGUUAAAAAGCUGAAUGCCUGGGGAUUGCUGCCCACCUCGAGCACUGAAAACCUCGUAGACUCAAACGAGUCAAUCAACUACCAGGAAGAAGAGGUCCAUGAGGUGCUGAAGGAUUUUGGUGCCGCCGAACCCGAACUGGAAAGCAGCUCAGUGGAGUUGAAGAGACUCCAACCAGCUACACAGGGGUCAUACAGUCCCUGUCUUCCCGGUAGCUCUGACGAGGCAGAGAAGUAGACGUCUGGCGCUUAUUGAUUUUUUUUCUUUGUUUAAUUUGUUAAGUUUUAUAGCUAAAAUGAGGAACCUAUGGGGGUCGAACUUGUAACCAGGAUAUAUAGUAUAAUUUAAUGCCAGCACUUAUCACCUAGAAACCUAUUAGUAGCAAGAAAGUUUGAGUWAUAAUUAGAAUGGCUAUUUUUGAUUUAAUGUUAUCAAACAACGUUAAAAACGGCUCGAAUGAUUACGGCUAAAGAAGCAAUAUCCGUUUUAACCCCAUUUUAAGUAUCUCCUCAACUGUAAAAGUCAUAGAGAAUGUAAGCUUUAGAAUAAAGCAAACUUUGAUUUUUCAAACGGCUUUUGAUGCGAAAUUUGAGGUUUGCACUGAAAAAAUUUGAUGUUUUCAUAUUAUAUYAUAUCCGCUUAGAAAUCAGAGAAACCAAACACCUCUUUCAAUAUAUUAUAGGAUUAAAUAACUUGCCUUAUAAGGAGCAUGAAAAUGAUUAAUAUUAUGUAGAAGUGAUGUUAAAGUUUCACUCAAUAAAUAUAUGCACUUCAUUGACAGUA